AUGCCGCCGCCGUUUAACUCUGGUACGACGAAGCUCGAUACUCUAUUCAGCGUGGGCGAGGAGCGCACGGUCGUACUCGCUAUAGACACUUGCAAGUCGUGCCUUACCGCGUUCGACUCCCUUGCCGCCUCCUGCCACAAAACGCAAUCAUUCCUCCCCGCAAAUCUCGCCGCUUCUGAAGAAUUCCAGCUGAAAUCCACGGACCGCCUUGUGGUGGUGUUCCACCACGCGAACCACACUCCCAUUAGCAUCAUGACACACCUCCCGCGUCACCAGCUGUGGCGGCCGCAGCUAAACCCUUCAAACGUGGUGCGGCAGAUGCAGGAGGCGGGGCGCGCGGACGCGGCGCCGGUGGUUGUGAUGGCGCUGAUGGAGGAGCGGGAGGUGCGGCGCGCGUUGGCGGAGAGGACGGCGUGGGAUCGGCGCACCAAGCGCGCGGUCAUGCGCAUGGCGGCUGUUGCGCGCGUGUGCAAGGUGAGGGAGGAGGGGGAAGGUGGAUUUGGUAGGGAAUGCAAGCUAUCCCCUCACAUCGUCCACCCCCUUGACGCACCGUCGCCCUCGCAUCCCCCGUUUCCCCGUCGCCCUUGCCCUCCCGACGCCCUUACCCCGGUCCCCUCUCGUCGAUUUCUUGUCAACGUCGUGGGGCCACAUUCCGAUGCUUCGUACACCACUCCGCGCUCCUCUCGCCUCACGGCGCGCGCUCCUCUCGCCUCCCCGCGCGCGCUCCUCUCGCCUCCCCGCGCGCGCUCCUCUCGCCUCCCCGCGCGCGCUCCUCACGCCUCCCCGCGCGCGCUUCUCUCGCCUCCCCGCGCGCGCUCCUCUCGCCUCCCCGCGCGCGCUCCUUUCGCCUCCAGCGCCGCAUCUUCCCGCCUCCCCGCGCGCGCUUUUCUUGCCUCCCCGCGCGGCCUCCUCUCACCAUCGCCAGCCGCGCGCUUCACUUGCCUCCCCGCGCGGCCUCCUCUCACCUCCCCGCGCAUCCUCCUCUCGCCGCCUCACGCGUGCUUCUCUCGCCUCCCCGCGCGAACUCCUCUCGCCUCCCCUCGUGUGCACCUCUCACCCCCCCUCUACCGCCCCUCUUGCCUCCCCGUGCAACCUCCUCUCACCUCCCUGCGCGUGCUCCACUCGCCUCCCCUCGCGUGGUCCUCUCACCUCACCUUGUGUGCUCCUCUCGCCCCCCCACGCGUGCUCCUCUCUCCUCAUCUUGCGUGCUCCUCUCGCCUCCCCACGCGUGCCCCUCUAAGAUGCGUGAGGGGCUUCACCUCCCGUCUCCUCACUUCCUCUCUUCGUCUCGCGACAGCCUCUGUUCGCGUCGCUGAUCGCAAAUAUUGCCCUUGGCCCCUGCUCACGCUCUUGCAACGGCUGUGCUUCCGCAUCCCCUCUGCACGCCCUCUUUCCUCCUCUUCCACGCCCUCAUUUCCCACCCUGCUUGCCCACGUUUCCCCACCUUGCAGUCCCUCACAAGCCCUCGGUGGGGUGCUCCUCUCUCCUCACCUCCCGUGGUCCACUCUGACAGGGCAUGGUGCUCCUCUCCUCUCGCCUCCCGUGCUCCACUCUGGAAUGUGGGACGCUCCUCUCUCCUCACCUCCCGUGCUCCCCUCUGACAGGGGGGUGCUCCUCUCUCCUCACCUCCCGUGCUCCCCCCUGACAGGUGGGGUGCUCCUCUCUCCUCACCUCCCGUGCUCCCCUCUGACAGGUGGGGUGGUCCUCUCUCCUCGCCUCCCGUGCCCCACUCUGACAGGGCAGGGUGCUUCCGGACCUGUUGUUUAG